ACAGCACUAGGUCUUUGGUCUUUGCCCGUCAUUGCGCAGCUGAGCAAAAGCAGAGACAAGUCCGUUCGUGGUGUCUCUACCCGAGGCCGGAUGGUAAAAUCCAACCUCCAGCGAAUCCUAAAUAGUCAUUGUUUUGCUCGUGAGAAAGAAGGAAAAAAACAGCCCAUUGCUACCAUGGCCGAUCUUAGUAAUAAUAUCUGUGACAUGAUUGGGAACCUCUCCCUGCACUGUAGUAGUACCCGUGGCCCAGGGCCUCUGUGGUGCUCCGAUGCCCCUCUCCCACCCCUGAAGAUCCCAGGUGGGCGAGGGAAUGGCAUUUGGGAUCACACUCCUUCAGCUCAGCCACUCUACUCAGAUCGAAAGUUGACUGUCACUGAGGAACCAGAAGGGAGCGGUCGCCCAAGGAUACUGCACUUCCAAAGUCGACCUAUUGUUACCAAGACAAUACAGUGGGAUGCUGUCCUGAGCAGCAGUGCACUCUAUGUGGAGAUUCCUCUUGACCCUCUUCCUGAAGGCAGCAAGGAGAGUUUUGCGUCUCUCCUGGAGUACGCUGAAGAACAUCUGAAAGUCAUUAGUGUGUUUGUCUGCUUUUACAAGAAUAGAGACGAUCGUGCUAAACUUGUGCGUACCUUCAGUUUUCUUGGCUUUGAGAUUGUGAAACCAGGCCAUGCCCUCGUCCCACCUCGACCUGAUGUUUUUUUCAUGGCCUACAACUUUGACAGGGACUCCUCAGAUGAAGAGUAACCGAUUGGAUGUCCAGUCAUGGUCACAUGCUUUUUCAGUUUUUCUCAUCUCAACUCUUUUUGGAGUACUCAGUGUUUUUUGUCAUUAUUGUUGUUUGGCUUUUUAAUUCCUGAGUUUGUGUUCAAGGGAAAACUUGGUGUUCUGUUAAUCCAUUUGCCCUUCUGUUUUAGUAUAACUUAAUCAUUAAAGAAACUGUUAUCACUUGCUGCAAUUUCUGUUUUUAUGCAUAACACUAAGGUCACCAAGAUUUUUUUUUUUUUAACAUUUCAAAUCAGGUCGAAGAUUAUUCAUUUCUUGAUCAUUCUCAGGUUCACAUUGUCACCAUUAGCCAUGAUUGGCUUAUGGGGAAAUUAAGUUUUUGUCAAUGACUUUUAGCACAGUGUAAUUACUUUUCGGUAUAGACAGCAGUUACUGUUGCAUAAUUGCUUAAUUUACACAAAAAGUAGAAGGUGAAUGCAAAAUCUGUAAACAAUUUGUUUAUAUGUUGAGUAGGCCUCAAAAGUGCGAAUUCAACAUAUGGCACUGUUUUUUCUGAUUUGGAUUAUCGUUCAUUUCCAGGUUUUCAAGCUUUGUUGUUCACUUGCAUAGUGGUACUUUCUGUAAUAAUAAAACAAAGAAAUGGGUGUGUCUUCA